AUGACGACGAUGGCUGAUGAACGCGCCUCGAUCGCGCGCGUCUCGGUAGUGAAGUAUGGGGCGAUUCCCGAUGCGUCGGCAUCGACGAGCGCGGGCGUUCGCACGGUUUCGCGACGUUCGGGUCGGGCGCGCGCGUUGUUCGGCGCGCUUCUCGCGGCUUGCGUCGCUGUGCUUGGGUUUUGUCAGUUUUUCACCGAUGUCAGCGCCGCCCACGUGGUGUCGUCGGUCGGAGCGGUCGGAGUGGGCUACGCGCGGUACUACGCCGCGGUGACGCGGAUGCGCGUCGACAAGCUUUUCGGGCGUUCGACAGCUUCUGCAGCCUCUCUGGGUGGAUCGAAGGAGAUUGAAUAUUUUGAAUCACCCGCGACAGGAAACGCAUCGGCGACGCUCGGUGCCUGUUCAAUCAGCAGUGGUAGCGCUCCCGCGAACUGCGCCGUUCCGCAAUUGGCGGUUCGGUCGUGCUCGUACCAGGGAACUUGCUCCACUGUUCCUGCGUGCGCGCUCGGAUAUGUUCCAUCGGGUAGCAAGGGUACCUGCGCGACGCGCAGAAUCUGUGCCCCUCGAAUUUGUGCUCCUACUUUUUGCUGCAGAACAGCGGUGCGCUGCAGAAGAAGAAGAAGAAGAUAUAGAUGUAGAACGGUAUGCAAAAGACGCUGCGGAGGUGGAUGCACUCCCGGAGCGUGUCAGGACAUACCUUACAAAUGGUCAUUCAGGUGCACGAAGGCCGCGACCGUUACGACUGGCAAAUGCGAUGCGUGCGCGCCGUUUUUUGUGGCUCGUGAUUCGAACACGAAGUGCAUCGUCGAUCCGGCGCUCACCGCCGCGUAUGACUCUACGGUUGGUGCGAUUAAAAACGCCGAGUCUGCCGUCACCACCACCAUCAACGAUAUUAAUGACGUCAUCAACGAUCUCACCACCGCGAUCCCGAACAAGGCGAACGAGAUCGCGAGUAAGAUUGAGGACGUCUCCAAGAGCAUUCCAAACGCGGUGAACAAAGUUGUCAACCAACUCAUCAGCGAAGCGUUUCCGGCUGACGCAGAUGAGUUCCUCAGUCAGAUAACGGGCGCUCUCAAAACUGCGUCACUCGGUGCGAGCAGCGCAGAAGCUGGAUCCCGAGUGGUGAACGGCAAGAGUGACCAUUUUUCGACGGUUUUGGCUCAUAACCGCGUGCGUGCGAUGAUCCGCGACGCUCUUGGCAGAGAGGAAACGCACAUUCCGAGCGAGGAGCAAGCGAACCUCGGGGGCAAAUGUGGGACACCAGAGCUCACCAUCUCCCUGCCUCUUGAGGAGAUUCUACCCGCUUCAUUGGUCGAUCUAUCUUACGACAUGCCGUGGCCGAAAAAGCUUGGUGACAGUCCUUUCGCGCCAGCAACCCUCACGGCUGGAUUUCCAGAUCCGUCCUGGACCAUGGGCUUUGAAAUAAGUGAGUUCUUAUUCCCCAAAAAAGUGGCGACGGGGAUACUCGACGCGUUCAUGGCUUUUUUCAAACCUCUGUUUCAAUCAAUUGGAGACGGCGCCUUGGACGCCGCGGACGAAGUUAAAGAUUCUAUGAUGAGUCCGAUCGACGCACUGAAAUCUUCCGUAAAUACGGCGAAGGACACAGCAAACACUGUGAAAUCCAAGCUCAACUCUGUCACGCAGUCUCUCAGCGGCCGGAAGCUGCUUUCUGAUGAGAUCGAGACGCAUGCGGAACACCUUCGCGCUGUGCACGCCGCGAGCAGCGCGCAUCUCAAGUACGCUGAAAAUGUACACGAUCAGUUUCUGGAUAGAGUCGAGCACCUUGUUUUGCUGCAAGUCGCAAAAGUACGCACCGCACUCUUGGAAGAUCCUUGGCUUGAAAAGCCAGAUACAAUCACGCAGUUUCCACACAUGCACGCGCAGCUUGGCGAUGCCGUCCUGCAGGACGCUGCAGACGCCGCCAAGCAGGAACUUAUCGAUGCGAUGCAGGCCCUCAAGGAUUUCACGAUGAAAGCAGUUUUGUUCACGAAGCUUCACGUGGAAUUCGCCGUCGAGGCGCAAGCGUCUGCAUUCAAAUCUGGCAACGUGCUUGAUCUGGUGAAAGGCUUGCCAACGUCUGCUUCAUUCGAGGUGGAAUUGCCAGUUCCGUACACUCCAUUCACGAUGAAGAUGUCUUUGGGCGCUGACCUUUCGUUGCCGUACUUCUUGCAGGCAGAAGCGAAAGGUGAGUUCUCUUACAGCGUCGAUGUCACGGGAAUGGAAGUCGGUAUACUAGUGACCGACGGCACGUUGAACGCCGUGCUCCCAGAUCCGCAGGUAGAAUUGACGCCCUACUUGAACGCCAACUUGCAUGCACAUGCUCAAGUUGGGCUCGUCUUAACUGUUAAUGACAUCACCACGCAAUUAUGUAUGCCUGGCAUGGUUUGCAGUGGUCCGAAAAUGAAAGCCGAGCAGAGAGCGUAUGCCGGUGCGGACAUGGCCGCGACUGUGAACAAUCAAGGCACACAAGCGUGCUCUGCGUUGAGCGCCAAGUUCAACGACAACUUCGAAUACGACGACGCUUACAGGGCAAAACGCUGCUCAAGCGCAAGUUUUGGUGGCGUCGAUUGCAGUGUCGUCGUCGGUGCGUACUUCCAAGUUCCAAAAACCGACAUUGACGUCGUGCUCAAGACAGACGUCGACAUUGGCGGCGUCUCCAUCUGCGUACCCGACGUCCAACUAUACACGUACCCCGGGUCGACGAACGACCCGAACUUUUUGCUCAAGCUCGCAUAA